CCGAUUGAGACCGGUUUGGCUGAGGAACGAUUGCGCACUCGAUUGGAAGAAAUUAACCACAGUGUAAAAGUGAAAAUUUUGUGUUUGUACGGACAAAUGCAUGAGGAUGAUCGAGCCGAAGUCUUCGCACCACUGGAACCAGGCUACCAUCACAAGGUAAUUUUCACAACGAACGUUGCGGAGACAUCGAUAACAAUACCAGGUGUCCGGUAUAUUGUGGAUUGUGGUUUGGCUAAAGUGAAAAAGUUUGAUGCUGUUCGGCGGAUCAGUGUCGUGGAUCUGGAUUUGAUAUCCAAAGUUUCAGCAGAACAGCGAGCUGGAAGAGCCGGAAGGACAGCACCGGGUGUUUGCUUCCGUUUAUAUUCGAAGAAGCAUUUUGAUGGGAUGACACCGACAAAUAACGCCGACAUUGUUCUCAGCAAUCUAGCCGAAGUAGUGCUGUACAUGGUUUCAGUUGGCAUCGAAAAUCCUGAAUCAUUCGAUUUCAUCGAGAAACCAAAUCCAGGCUUACUAAUGCAGGCGCUAAAGCUUCUGAGGUAA